AUCAUCUUCUUCUCUCUCUUUUUCUCUCUCUCUUGAAGGAAACUAUGAAGUCAAGAUUUCUCAGAGGGUGUCUGAACAAGUGCAAGAAAAUGUGCCUGAACAAGUGCAUAUCUUGUGAGGAAUGCUGUGAAAGGGGUUGGUGGUGUUCUCUUCGUGAAGGGUGUUCCAAUAUUCCAAGUGAUGUUCCAAAGGGCCACUUGGUUGUGUAUGUGGGAGAGAAGCACAAGAGAUAUGUGAUCAAGAUUGGUUUGCUCCAUCAUCCACUCUUCAGGGCCUUGUUGGAUCAAGCUCAGGAAGAGUACGAUUUCAUUGCAGACUCAAAACUCUGCAUUCCCUGCGAUGAACACCUCUUUCUCAGUGUUGUUCGAUGUGCUAGCUCCCCACAGAACCAACCGGUGUGUCUGUGUCUCUGAGAAACAGAAAUCGCUUCUGAAACAUUCUUUGUUUCCAUGUUGUUCAGAUUCUUAGUUCUAACCAUGUUGAUAUAAUAUGAGUAGCCACCUUAAUUAUAUAUAUCAUAAUGUGUUGUAAGUAGGUUGAGGCACGAUUAAGUGUCACUGAUGUCAUUCUUGGUGAAUUCAAGAAGAGAGAGUGUUCUUCUACCCCUUGGCAUAAAU